CGUGCAGGGUUCUUCUCGUCCACCCGGUCCAUCAGCACGUCGCGCUGUUCGAGACUUGAUGUCCUCACCUCCAGCAGACCCCCGACGAGUCUAUAACUACUGUGGGAUGCGCUGAUAAUGCGGCACCGUGCCCACCUAAAAGCUACGCUUGAUGCGGACAACUAGUCUUGGAUACCUCAUCGGCGCGCUGCGUUCGGCCGCAUAGAUGGCACCUGGCAGACCUAUGAAAGGCAAUGCGAAAAGAGCACGUAGUAUCGCUCGACACCUAAAAAGACCGAGAAAUGAAGACGUCCCAGAUGUGUAUCAAGGACUUCUUGAGGAAGCGUCCAUGUCUUCGACUUCACAGGCGUCGCUGGAAAGCGAUAGGCCAUUGAAGAAGCGCCGCUUUACGAAAAAGAAAGCCUCGAACUUCGCGACCCCUACUCUGCUCAAAUCGCAACAGCUAGAUGAUCUCAUGUCUCCUGCUACGCAUAUCAAAGACAAUUCUGAUCUCCAUGUAGAUGGAAGGCGGUUGCAGACAGUGCUCGACGACUACAGUGACUCAAAUGACAGUGAUAUGGAAUGGGAAGAUGUUGACCUACACCCACAAGCACAGUCAGAUGAAGGAGCUCAAAAUGAAGAGCCAAAUGUUGUUGACAUAUCUAUUGUUCUGGGUGCUGAACAGAAUGCACUUGAACGAAGGAGACCUAAACGCAAAGGUAUCACCGCAGCGGAACGUAGCUUGAGGCUCGAUAUCCAUAAGAUGCACGUAUCGUGUCUCAUCUACCAUGCUUAUCUGAGAAACUCAUGGUGUAACGAUUGCGAGGCCCAGGCUGUGCUAAAGGCCCUUAUACCUCCCAAGAUCGUAACUUUGUUACUCCCUGAUCCAGAAUGGCCCCAAAUGCGUAUGUCGCAGUCUUUCCGCGAGGGCUUGAAUACCUUGAAAAUCUUCUGGAAUUCUACAUUUCGUAUCAAUGCGCAAGGGAUGUACCGACCCCGUUGGUACACAUCAGGGCAAGAUACCCAGCCUGUCAUCUCUUCCCAGAGUGGCGAUCCACCAAUGGAUCGUGGGCUCUUCCGCGAUGCGGCCCUCAGACUCAACGGCUCGCAAGACAUUGGUGCACAGCUCCUUUGCACGCUUCUACGCGCCAUCGGUGUAGAAGCACGGCUAGUCUGCUCUCUGCAAUGUCUUCCGAUAACUGCAGGACUGCCUCAGACAGCAGCAUCAAGUCCACUCAAUGGCAAGGAGACCGUCUAUCUCGACACUGCAACGGAUAUUAAAAGACCAUCACAGGAAGAUCAGGAGCUACAACCUACUCCUAACAAGUCACUAUCGACAUCAACACCUAUUAAGAGAAUCAGCAGGAUAGGACGCCCAACCCAGGCCGCCACUACGAUCGACAAAGGGAAGGCCCCAAAAAUCACUGCGAUACCAAAGUCGAAACCCCUUGUGAAACCACACUAUCCCGUCUUCUGGGUUGAAGCAUUCGACGCAGCACACCAAAGAUGGAUAUCGGUCGAUCCUUUGGCAACGUUCACGUUGGAUAAACCAAUGAGACUCGAACCUCCCCUCCAGUCGCAUUCCAACGUGAUGACUUAUGUCAUUGCCUACGAAGAAGAUGGCACAGCUCGAGAUGUGACCAGGAGAUAUGCCAAAGCCUAUAACGCUAAGACACGUAAGACCCGCGUGGAGAAUACCGAUGGUGGCAUCGACUGGCUUAGGCAGGUUAUGAAACCAUUCAAGAGGUCGAAACCCCUUGACCGAGACCAGUUAGAGGAUGCGGCGUUAGCUCGACAAGAGGCGGCAGAAGGCCUCCCUAAAAACAUACAAGACUUCAAGGACCACCCGGUCUAUGUUCUGGAGAGACAUCUCAGACGAAAUGAGGUCCUCUAUCCAAAAAAUGAAGUUGGAAAAGUUAACGUAGGCUCAGCCUUGUCAAAAAAGAUAGAGAGUGUAUUUCGAAGGACCAAUGUGCAUGUGGUCCGCAGUGCUGACAAGUGGUAUCGUCUUGGAAGAGAGGUUAUACCCGGAGAACAACCCCUUAAACACGCGCUUCCUCGGCCCAAAGGAGGUAUGGCCAGAGACGAGAAUGAUUCUGAUGACAAUCCAAUUUCAGAGAUUGGAUUAUAUGCGGCCUACCAGACCAAAUUAUACGUUCCACCACCCGUUGUACGAGGCCGAAUACCAAAGAACACUUUUGGCAACCUGGACAUUUAUACCCCUACAAUGGUACCGCCAGGAGGUAUACAUAUACUGCAUGCCGAUGCAAGUAAAGCUGCUCGUAUCGUGGGCGUCGAUUACGCUGAUGCUGUCACGGGGUUUUCUUUCCAUGGGCGCGUCGGUACAGCGGUGAUCCAAGGUUGUGUAAUUGCCGCUGAAUAUCGUGAAGCCGUGGAAACCGUGAUCGAUGGGUUGGCCUAUGCUCAAGAAAAGGUAGAGAUGUCCAAGCGCGUCUCUCAUGCUCUAUAUCUGUGGCGUCGCUUCCAUCUAGGUUUGAAGAUCGUCGAACGGGUCAAAGCAUAUGCGAGUGACGAAGAACAUGUUGAUGUGCAAGCUCAGAUUGAUGUCACAGAGCUGCAGCAGGCUGCACAUGAUGCAACAGAGGCUCGAUAUGUGGAGGCAUAUGAGGGUGGUGGAUUUUUUCCCGGUGAGGCUGGAGAUGAAGAGAUGGCGUUGCCUACAUCUCAUCGAGCCUCCUCCAGACUCAUAGAUAAUCACGAAGACAAUAUCGAAGAGGAGGCUGCCAAUGACAACGUAUUGAACGAUGAGGAUGAAGACAUCGGUGGCGGGUUCUUACCUGAUGAGAUCCAACAUGAUAGUGGUGGAUUCUUUCCUGACGUUAAUGUUACCUAUGAUGGCGGCUCUAUUCUCAAGGAGUCAGAAAGCGGCCCGGCACGUAUGCACCUUACCAGUCGCAUGGAAGAACCUGUGCGUUCCCAUGAGCAUAGCACAAAUGACAGCUUGCGAUCGCAUACUCAGUACACAGAUCCGAAGCCCAGCAAACCCGACGAGCAUGCUGCGGACGCCUCCGUGACUUCGACUUUGCCUUUACAAGAUAAUAGUGCGCUACAACCUGAGAAAACUGGAAACCCCAUGGCCGACCAAGUUUUGACAGACCAGACACAAACCGGGAAAGAUACAUUGAUGUCUGGGGCUCUUGACAUAUCAUACCUCCACUUCGGUCCGAACGUUACCCUCUGCCGAGAAAAUAACACUGAAGAACUCGGACCAGAAAGAAGUGACUUGCAUAGUCCUGAGGCCAAAGAAUACGAGGACAGCGGGUCUACUACUUUCCCCCGUUCCAACCCGAAGGAAGAGCAUAUGCCGGUUUCCAGCCCUCCAGAUAGUGACCAAGGCUCACUACUUUCUCACGAUCCAGAAGAUGAAGAUGCGGAGCCCGAGUGGCUCUAUUAGGCAGAAAAUCCAAUGACGAUAUCAUAAAAGCCUAUCCAAUUGCUUCAAUUCGUGAUAUUACGUGUUCUUGAUCCUUCCUCGUAUCGUAUACGUGAUCGACACACUCCCACUCGUCAGUGGCAAUUUUUGAGCAAGGUGAAUUUCGCAGCAGUCUUCAUACAAUGAAUGCUAUUUACACAUACUCAUGUCUUGUAUAGCAUAGAUGUACAGUAAUAACUCGAAGACGUAGCACCAAUAUUACAAAUAUUC